CACGCUGCAGUUUUCGCUACAAGCCUUCACCUCAAAACUCCGAUGCCGGAGAUACAGACUGAGGAGAAUUAGAAAAAGCUGCUUUUUACUUUAACGUCUGAAUGGAUGUGAAAGAAGAGGCGUUUGACGCUGACACAAUCAUGGAGAAAAGGUCCAUAAAUAUUAAGGAGGUGGACUGUGAAUGGGAGUCUGACCACCAUAAACAGGAGAGUUGGGGCAUUAAGGAAGGAGACAGUGACCUGGGGUCAGUUGACAUCAAAGAAGAGGCAGAAGAGAAGUCUGUUAGUAUUGAGAUGCCCAAAUGUAAAAGUGUGGAGAAUCUCAAGGAAGAAGAUCUUGAUGGAGUGGUGACCAGGUUGGACUUUUCUCAAAACAGACACUGCUCAUCUCCAGAGCCUUCUGUCAGUGUGAAGUCUGAACCAUUACAGUCUGACACAAAGAGGACUGAGGAUACUACAUCUGUUAGAACUCAUGAAAAUCAGCCACCAGCUAUAAAGAAGCCUUUAAAAAGAAUCAAAUGUCAAUGCCGUUUGGAAUGUGGAAAACGAUUCUCGGACAGGAGUGCUCAUCGGAACCACGCUAGAGUUCACACUGGAAAGAAGCCGUAUUGCUGUAAUGAAUGUGGCAAACAGUUUUCACAAAUGAACCAUCUUCAGAGACACACUAGAGUUCACACCGGAGAGAAGCCAUAUCGCUGUAAUGAAUGUGGUAAGCAGUUUUCACAAAUGAGUCAUCUUCAGACACACAUUAGAAUUCACACGGGAGAGAAGCCGCAUUGCUGUGAUGAAUGUGGCAGACAAUUCUCUAACCGAGGCCGUCUUCAGAGCCACGCAAGGAUUCACACCGGAGAGAAGCCGUUUUGCUGUUUGGAAUGUGGGAAACCAUUUUUACGAAUGAGUGAUCUUCAGAGACACAGCAGAAUUCACACGGGAGAGAAGCCGUAUUGUUGUAAUGAGUGCGGUAGAAAAUUCUCUGAUGGGAGCAAUUUUCUUAAUCACACAAGAAUUCACACUGGAGAGAAGCCAUAUUGCUGUAAUGAAUGCGGCAUACCAUUUUCACGAAUGAGCUAUCUUCAAAGACAUACUAAAAUUCACACAAGAGAGAAGCCGUAUCGCUGUAAUGACUGUGGCACACAAUUCUCUGACAGGAGCCAUCUUCGGAGCCACUCAAGAAUUCACACCGCGGAGAAGUCAUUUUGCUGUUUGGAAUGUGGCAAGCAAUUUUCGCAAUUGCACUGUCUUCAGAGACACACUAGAAUUCACACGGGAGAGAAGCCGUAUUGCUGUAAUGAAUGUGGUAAGCAGUUUUCACAAAAGGUCCAUCUUCAGACACACACUAGAACUCACACAGGAGAGGACCUGCUUUGCUGUAACGAAUGUGGCAGACAAUUCUGUAACAGGAGCCGUCUUCAGAGCCACACAAGAAUUCACACUGGGGAGAAGCCAUAUUGCUGUUUGGAAUGUGGGAAACUAUUUUUACGAAUGAGUAAUCUUCAGAGGCACCAAAGAAUUCACACAGGAGAGAAGCCAUAUUGCUGUAUGGAAUGUGGCAAACUGUUUUCACGAAUGAGCCACCUUCAGAGACACGGUAAAAUUCACACGGGAGAGAAGGGAAGCCCAGAGUAACAUGUUAGAGCAGAGGGAGGAAGAUGUAGUCAGAAAUGUCCCCUGCCCGAUUACUCGAGUCUUGAUGAGUACCAUCACGUGGUGGGCUUCGUUGAUGGAUAUCUGUACCAACCUCAUCAAGGCAAAACUUUGUAGGAAAAAUGACCAAAAAUAGAAAUUCAUACUGGCCGCUCGUCCCCCAGGAUAAAAAGGUGCCCAACCCCUGCUUCACCACUGGGAUAGAUGUCGGUGGUAACAAUAGGGCAACAUCUUCAGAUGAAGAAAAGAAGACCUCCAUUGUGGUGACAGAUCAGAUAGACAGCGUUACUGGUCACACCUCAAUGGAAAAUAUGAGACCGCAUUAACGUACCUUUAGCAAAAAAUUAAGAGGACCAGAUGCAGUCCAGCGGUCAAUCAAAUAUCAUGUGCUGCUACUUUUAUGCAAUAGACCGUGAAAUUCCAACAAGGGGAUAUACCAGGAGGUUAUGCAUAAAACUGCAAUCUAGAACUAUACUCUCAAAUUCUAAGUUAAGUAAUAUAACAGAGGCAAACUUAACAACUCUAAUUGGAAUAAUUAAAGAAAGAAGGCAAUAAGUCAGAGAAAUUAGAAUAUCUCUGCAAAAGAGAAAGUCUUUCUAUUAUAUAAAAAAAAAUCCUGAG